UUCUCUUGUGUGUUCGAUAUAAUGGCGGAAGUAAUUUUGUGAGGUGGAGGUGAUUUGUGGUUGCGUGUUGGGAGAGAGUUUUUGUGUUAUGCAUUGUUGACAACCAAGGAAAUAUAAUGGAUUCUUGAUUAAGGGGGUGCCCUGUCAAUUCCUUGGGAGUUCGCAAGUCACCCGAGCAGCCGUGAUGGCGGAGGUAGACCCGGAGACGUUGCUGGAGUGGCUGAACAUGGGCCAGGGGGACGAGCGCGACAUGCAGCUCAUAGCGCUGGAGCAGCUCUGCAUGCUGCUGCUCAUGUCCGACAACGUGGACCGCUGCUUCGAGAGUUGCCCGCCGAGGACGUUCCUGCCCGCCCUGUGCCGCAUCUUCCUGGACGAGUGCGCGCCCGACAACGUGCUGGAGGUGACAGCCCGCGCCAUCACGUACUACUUGGACGUGUCGGCCGAGUGCACGCGCCGCAUCGUCGCCAUGGACGGGGCGGUGAAGGCCAUCUGCAACCGGCUGGUGGUCGCCGAGCUGGCGUCCCGGACCAGCAAGGACCUGGCCGAGCAGUGCAUAAAGGUACUGGAGCUGAUCUGCACCCGGGAGGCGGGGGCCGUGUUCGAGGCCGGAGGCCUGAACUGCGUCCUGUCCUUCAUCCGGGACAACGGCUGCCGGGUGCACAAGGACACGCUCCACUCGGCGAUGGCCGUCGUGUCGAGGCUCUGCACCAAGAUGGAGCCCCAGGACCCCAGCCUGCCGACGUGCGUGGAGGCGCUCUCCACCUUGCUCAAGCACGAGGACAGCCACGUGGCGGACGGAGCCCUGCGCUGCUUCGCGUCCCUGGCGGACCGCUUCACGCGGCGCGGCGUGGACCCGGCCCCCCUCGCGGCGCACGGCCUCGUCACGGAGCUGCUGGCGCGGCUGUCCAACGCGGCGGGGCCUGCCGCCGCCGCCUGCACCGGCCCAGGGACCCCGGGCGUGAACACCAGCACCACGGCCCCCGAGACGAAGUCGUCCGCCUCGGUGUCCACCAUCAUCAGCCUGCUGUCGACCCUCUGCAGGGGUUCCCCCGGCAUCACGCACGAUCUGCUUCGAUCCGAUCUUCCCGAUGCCAUCGAGAAAGCUCUCAAAGGAGAUGAAAGGUGCACCCUGGACUCGAUGCGGCUGGUGGACCUGCUCCUGGUGCUGCUGUUCGAGGGCAGGAAGGCCCUGUCGCGAGCGGGAUGCGUGGGCCCCGCCGGGCAGCUCCUGCCGCGGCUCAGGCGAAUGGACAGCGCCGGGGAGAAGUCCCACCGCCAGCUCAUCGACUGCAUCCGCAGCAAGGACACGGACGCCCUCAUCGAGGCCAUAGACUCCGGAGGCAUUGAAGUGAACUUCAUGGAUGAUGUCGGCCAAACGUUACUCAAUUGGGCAUCGGCGUUCGGAACACAAGAAAUGGUGGAGUUUCUCUGCGAUAGAGGUGCGGAUGUGAAUAAGGGCCAGAGGUCGUCGUCCCUGCACUACGCCGCCUGCUUCGGGCGGCCGGCCAUCGCGAAGGUGCUGCUCCGGCACGGAGCGAACCCGGACCUGCGGGACGAGGACGGCAAGACCCCGCUGGACAAGGCUCGCGAGAGGAUCGAUGAGGGCCACCGGGAGGUGGCCGCCAUCCUCCAGUCCCCAGGGGAGUGGAUGAUCCCGGCGGACAAGGAGAAGAAGCCGGACGCGGCCGAGCCGGAGGACGGCGGGGAGCCGAGGGGGGACCCCGAGAUGGCCCCCGUGUACCUGGGGCGGCUGCUGCCCGUGUUCUGCAACACCUUCCAGUCCACCAUGCUCCCUUCCGUGAGGAAAGCAAGUUUGAGUCUGAUAAAGAAAAUGGUGCACUACAUUCAUCCUUCACUUCUCAUUGAAACGUGCAGUCCAGAAUCUCCGACAUACAACUUUGGCACAAUGCUUGUUGAAGUGAUUGCCACAGUUUUGGACAAUGAGGAGGACGAGGACGGCCACAUGGUGGCGCUGCAGAUCAUCCAGGACCUGAUGGGCAAGGCCCAGGACAUAUUCCUGGACCACUUUGCCCGCCUGGGGGUCUUCUGCAAGGUCCAGCAGCUCGCGGGCCCGGCGGAGCCCGUGCCGCAGGGCAUCGAGGCCAAGAAGGACGACGGGGAGGCAGAGCAGGAGCCGCCGCUGGACGACGCGAAGGAGAUGCUCCCAGGGAAGGCGUACCACUGGCGCGACUGGUGCCUGUGCCGCGGUCGCGACUGCCUCUACGUGUGGUCCGACGCCGCCGCGCUGGAGCUGUCCAACGGCAGCAACGGCUGGUUCCGCUUCAUCCUGGACGGCAAGCUGGCCACCAUGUACUCCAGCGGCAGCCCGGAGGGCGGCACCGACAGCUCCGGAAAAGGAAGAAAUACCGAAACCCUUACCACAGAAGAGAACCGCGGGGAGUUCCUGGAGAAGCUCCAGAGGGCCCGGGCCCAGGUGCGCCCCAACUCGCCCAGCCGCCCCGUGCUGUCGCGGCCGGGAGCGGCCCGCCUCGUGGUGGGCAACUGGGCGCUCAGCAGCCGGCGGGAGGGGGAGCUGCACAUCCACAACUCUGACGGCCAGCAGGUAGGACAAGCCACCAUUCUGCGGGAGGACCUGCCCGGGUUCAUAUUCGAGUCUAACCGAGGCACCAAACACUCCUUCACCGCGGAGACGUCCCUGGGGCCGGAGUUCUCCGCCGGCUGGACCGGCAAGCGCGGGAAGAGGCUCCGCUCCAAGAUCGAAGCCCUGAAGCAGAAGGUGAAGGUGCAAGCCCAGGAGAUAUACGAGAAGUACUUCAAGGCUGCGCAAGCGCAACCGCGAGGUGUGGUGGCCAAGCUCGGCAACAUCGUCGCUCAGAUCGAGAGGGCUUGUCAGAAGCAGCACACCAACAACCGGGAAGGGGCGGGCGCCUGGCGGCAGAUGCUGGUCCAGGCCCUGGCGGAGCUGACGCAGCUGCUGCGGGAGGAGGGGGUGGCGUCGGCCUACGAGCUGCAGAGCAGCGGCCUGGUGCAGGCCUUGCUGUCGCUGCUGUCCACCAGCUGCUGGGACGAGGGGCUGCACAGCCGCAAGACCAGCCGGCUGCAGAAGCAGCGCGUCGGCUGCUUCAAGGACUGCUUCAAGGAGCAGGAAACUGAGAGUGGCAUGGUGAAUUCAGCGGACAUACUGGUGCAUAAGUUAGUGUCUGUUCUGGAGUCCAUAGAAAAACUUCCGGUUUACCUCUACGACACUCCAGGUUCUGGAUAUGGCCUGCAGAUAUUGACUCGUCGCCUGAGGUUUCGCUUGGAGAAGGCCCCGGGCGAGAGCUCGCUGAUCGACCGGACUGGUCGGAGCCUCAAGAUGGAACCCCUCAGCACGAUCGCCCAGCUGGAACGCUAUUUGCUCAAGAUGGUGGCGAAGCAGUGGUACGAUUACGAGCGCUCGACGUUCGCGUUCGUCCGUCACUUGAAGGAGGGGCAGAAAAUCACUUUCCGCCACCAGCACGACUUUGACGAGAACGGGAUAAUCUAUUGGAUUGGAACCAAUGGAAAGACGUGUCCCGAGUGGGUGAACCCGGGCCAGUACGGCCUGGUGAUGGUGACGUCCUCGGACGGCCGCAACCUGCCGUACGGGCGGCUGGAGGACGUGCUCAGCAGGGACGCCAACGCGCUCAACUGCCACACCAACGACGACAAGCGCGCCUGGUUCGCCGUCGACCUGGGUGUGUGGGUGAUACCCACCUGCUACACCCUGAGGCACGCCCGCGGGUACGGCCGCUCCGCCUUGAGGAACUGGUUCUUUCAGGUGUCGAAGGACGGGGUCGCCUGGACCACCCUGUACACGCACGUGGACGACGGCUCGCUCAACGAGCCGGGCAGCACGUCGUCCUGGCUGCUGGAGCCGCCCGCGGACGAGUCCCAGGGCUGGCGGCACGUGCGGCUGCAGCAGGCGGGCAAGAACGCCUCGGGCCAGACCCACUACCUCAGCCUGUCCGGCUUCGAGGUGUACGGCACCGUCACCGGCGUCUGCGAGGACCUGGGCAAGGCGGCCAAGGAGGCGGAGGCCAGCCUGCGCCGGCAGAGGCGGCUGCUGCGCACGCAGGUGCUGAAGCACCUGCUGGUGGGCGCCCGGGUGGUGCGCGGGCUGGACUGGAAGUGGCGUGACCAGGACGGCAGCCCGCCCGGCGAGGGGACGGUCACGGGGGAGCUGCACAACGGGUGGAUUGAUGUGACUUGGGACCACGGGGGGUCCAACUCGUACCGUAUGGGAGCGGAGGGGAAGUAUGAUCUGAGGCUAGCCCCUGGGUUCGAGGCAGACAUCUUGGCGGGGGCGCCAGUCGCUGUCGCGGCCAAUAAAGUGGCAGUUUUCUCCACUGGUGCCCCCUCGAGGAGCAGCAGGAACAUCACGGACUCGGCGAAGAGCGCCAGCGUCCUGACGAGCCGCAAGUCCAGCUCCACGCCCAGCCUGCCCGACGCCACGGACAACCACUCCAAGGCGUCCGUGGCCAGCACGGACCAGGCCGCUUCGGCGGACAACCUCGCGGCCAAGCAAGCGGCGGAGGCGAUAGCGGAGAGCGUGCUCUCCGUCGCCCGGGCGGAGGCCAUCGUCGCGGUGACCGGGGAGAGCCAGUGCGGGGGAGUCCCUCCCCCCCCUCCGCCGGGCGAGCUGUCCGUGGUGGUCCACGCUCUUCGCGACCACCACGCCGACCUCACCGCCAUCUCCGGCCUCGGCUCCUCGGACCGGGCCACCGACCUGGCCACCAUCGUCGAGACCCUGGCGCUGGAGGAGGCCACCAAGGGCUCCGCCGGCCUGUACAGCAACCAGCUGCGACGCCAGGGCGGCUGCGCGGAGGAGAACGCGAACAGGCUGGCGGGAGCGGACGCCGGCGGCAAGGCGGGCCAGCCGGCGUCGGCGUCGUCUCGGGCCGGCGCGUCGCGGGCCGCCGGCGCCAACAGGCCGGCGCAGUCGUCGGCGGCCGAGGCCGUGGAGGUGCUGGACAAGAUGCGCGAGGGAGCCGACCUGCUGCGGAACAACACCAACAGCUUCCUCUCGGGGCUGAUGGCUGCCACACUUGCCCCUUCGCUCGCCCCGUCCGUGAGGAUCAGUGUCUCUGGGGGCGAGAGCACAGACAGCAACUCGAGCGAUGAGAAGUGUGUUCGCAUCAAGAACAAACAGCCAACUCUAGCAUCUUUGGAUGGCCGGAAGGACGCGGACUACACGUGCGAGGUGACGAUCGAGGAGAAGGACCCCCGGGGGGCCGGCCCGGCCGUCGUCGUCGCCAACCCCAUGAGCGUGAGCGUCCCCAACCUGACGUCGGCGGCCGGCCAGGCGGCGGCGGAGGUCCCGGGAGCGGCCGGCCUGCUGGAGACCUUCGCGGCCAUGGCCCGGCGGCGCACCUUCGCGGGGGCCGGGGGCCCGGGGGGAGGGGGCGGGGGCGGUGUCGCGGCCGUCCCGUCGUCGUGCGCCGCCCCGUCGCCGUCGCCGUCCUCGGCGGGCGGCUCGCUGUUCCCGCGGGGCCCCAGCUCCGUCUCCAGCCUGGUGCGGCUGGCGCUCUCCUCCAACUUCCCAGGCGGGCUGCUCAGCACGGCCCAGAGCUACCCGAGCCUCACCACCAGCGGGCCCACGGGGACGGGCUCCUGUGGCAUCUCGACCACGGCGGGCAACGGGCCGUGCCUCAGCCAGGCGCUCACCAUGUCGCUCACCUCCACCUCCAGCGACAGCGAGCAGGAUUUCCUUGAAAGUUGUCGUGCUCCGACACUACUGGGUGAUCUCGAAGAUGACGAUGAAAUGCCUGAACCAGAUGACGACGAAAAUGAUGACGACGAAAACGAAGAUGAUGAUGAUUACGAGGAGGUCAUGGUUAGCAGAAAUUUACUAUCGUUUAUGGAGGAGGAAGGCUACGAGGUGCGCGGCGGCGGAAGCGGCGGCGGCGGCGGCAGCAGCAAGCGCCGCAGCUGGGACGACGAGUACGUGCUGAAGCGGCAGUUCUCGGCGCUGAUCCCGGCCUUCGACCCGCGGCCGGGCCGCACCAACGUCAACCAGACCACGGACCUGGAGGUGCCGCCGCCGCCCCCCCCGGGCCGCGACGACGACGACGGCGGCUCCGCGGACGGCCGCCGGGGGGCCGACCUGGCGCCCCAGCCGCGGCUGCAGCUGGUCCUGAGGGGACCCAACCUGCCCGGGGUGCAGGAUGUAGAGGUGGCGUUGAGUGAUCCGAGUUGGACAAUAUUCCGUGCGGUCCAGCAACUGGUGCAGUUGGCCGACCUGGGAAGCCGCCAAGAGAAGUUGCGCAGGAUAUGGGAGCCAACGUACACGAUCGUGUACCGCGAGACAAAGGAGGAGGAUGGGGGCGGCGCCCGCACGGGGCCGGGCCCCGUGGCGACGGCCUACGCCCGUCCCGGGGCGCGAGACGUCGGGACGGUGUCCGGCGCCGGGGUGGUCUCCCCCUCCACGCCCACCCCCUCCACGGCCUGCACUGUCGAGGACGUUCUUCAGCUGCUGCGGCACCUGUUCGUCAUCACCACCCGCCAGGACUCCGCCGGGGACGACGCGGAGGCGGAGGACCACCUGCCGCCGGAGCAGUUCGCCAGCAAGAAGCUGACCAACAAGCUGCUGCAGCAGAUCCAGGACCCGCUGGUGCUGUCCUCGGGCGCCCUGCCCGCCUGGUGCGAGGAGCUCAACCACUCCUGCCCCUUCCUGUUCCCCUUCGACACCCGCCAGCUCUACUUCAACUGCACCGCCUUCGGCGCCUCGCGGUCCAUCGUGUGGCUGCAGACGCAGCGGGACGUGACGCUGGAGCGGCAGCGCGCCCCGGGGCUGUCGCCGCGCCGCGAGGACCCCCACGAGUUCCGCGUGGGCCGGCUCAAGCACGAGCGCGUCAAGGUGCCGCGCGGCGAUGACCUGCUGGACUGGGCCGUGCAGGUCAUGAGGACGCACGCCGACCGGAAGAGCAUCCUCGAGGUGGAGUUCCAGGGCGAGGAGGGCACGGGGCUGGGGCCCACCCUGGAGUUCUACGCCCUGGUGGCGGCGGAGCUCCAGCGCAAGGACCUGGGCAUGUGGCUGUGCGACGACGACCAGGAGGAGGCGGGGGGCAAUACGCCCGACCCCCUUGGGUUGCCCGAGGGCGGGGCGCGCCCCCCGGGCUACUACGUGCGCCGGCCCCCGGGCCUGUUCCCCGCGCCCCUGCCCCAGGACUCGGCCGCCUGCGACCGCGCCGCCGGCUACUUCUGGUUCCUGGGCGUGUUCCUGGCCAAGGUGCUGCAGGACAGCCGGCUCGUGGACAUCCCCCUGUCGCAGCCCUUCCUCAAGCUCAUGUGCCACGGCGAGAUACGCAACAACGUCAACGAGAGGAUUGGUCUCCUGGUGGGGUCGAAGAAAGCCGCAACCUUGGAGGACGACGUCAUGACCUCAUCGUACAUCUCGGAGGAGAGUGAGAAGGAGCUAGAGCUGGACCCACCGAAGAUCAGCACGGAGGAUGCGAAGCCGUGGUUCUCGGGACUGCUGGGCUGCGAGGACCUGUGCCUGGUGGACCCGGUGCGGGGGCACUUCCUGCUGCAGCUGCAGGAGCUGGCCGGCCGCAAGGCGCGCAUCGCCCAGGACCGAGCGCUCUCGUACGAGGACCGCCAGCGCCAGAUACAGAACCUGGCCCUGGGGCAGGCGGCGGUCCGUCUCGACGACCUGGCCAUCACCUUCACCUACCUGCCGUCGUCCGCCGCCACCUUCGGCUUCCCCGCGUGCGACCUGGCGCCGGGCGGCGGGGACAUCGAGGUGAGCAUGGACAACGUGGAGGAGUACAUCGACCUGACGACGUCGUUCUGCCUGGAGCGCGGCAUCGCGCGGCAGCUGGAGGCGUUCGGCGCGGGCUUCUCGCGCGUCUUCCCCCUGGACAAGCUGCGGGCGUUCAGCCCGGAGGAGGUGCGGGUGAUGCUGUGCGGGGACCAGGACCCCCAGUGGACCCGGGAGGAGCUGCUCAGCUACACCGAGCCCAAGCUCGGCUACACCAGGGACAGCCCCGGGUUCCAGCGGUUCGUCAGCGUGCUGGUGGGGAUGUCGGCCGAGGAGCGCAAGGCGUUCCUGCAGUUCACGACGGGCUGCUCGUCGCUGCCGCCCGGCGGGCUGGCGAACCUGUACCCCCGCCUGACGGUGGUGCGCAAGGUGGACGCAGGCGAGGGCAGCUACCCCUCGGUCAACACCUGCGUGCACUACCUCAAGCUGCCCGACUACCCCACGGAGGAGCUGCUGCGAGAGAGGCUCCUGGCGGCCACCCGCGAGAAGGGGUUCCACCUCAACUGAGCCGAGCUCUCAGAACCAUCGUCGUGACUUCAAUACACUGUGUACAUAGGACGACAGUCCCGUCUGUGUAACUUCCCGUUACUAUCAGCUCUGUAGCGAAACGCAUCCGCUGGCUCGACUUGCAUCGAUGUGCGAACCCCUAGUCUCGGCGCAUGGCCAAGUCUCCUACACUUGAUGGUUCAUUUUAUUUUUUUUUUUGUUUCAUCCGGGGGAGUGUCUCUUGUAACUGAAAACAAAAAAAAAUAUGUUUGUUUUCCUAUGCUCAAUUGUUUUGUGGUCUUUUUUUUAUUUUUUUUUAUUCCCUCCGUCUUUCGGGAAGUAUUCACGGUGGGAAAUGAAAGCGAAGGAUGCAAGCCGAAACCGUCGUAUGCUUUGGAAAAUUGGAUGUAAAUAAGUAUAUAUAUGAUCAAAUGAUUUCAGUUCCACAGAAAGAAAAAAAAUAAAUUGAAUUUGUUGUAUUUGCUAUUGUGCAAAGAUUUUUGGAGGUUUUUUUUUUGAUCUUGCCCCCAUAGAGUGUUUAAUGUUAAUCAUCGGUGAAAAUUAGAAGUAUUAUUACCUGUAGAUCGUUGAGUGAACAAUUUUUAAGAUAUUGCUGCUCUGUAAGAAUUUUGAGGUUAAAAUUUUUUUUUUUUUUUUAAGUUGUAAUAUCUUUGCCACUUGACCAGAUAGGUAUUAAUGCUUUAACUGUUUAACGUUACAAUUUUCAAAUGUUAAGUGUAGGUAAUUUAAGUUUUUACAAAAUGCUGUGAAACAGGUACAAAAAAAAAUACAUUGUGUGGUUUCUGUUUGUUAGACAUUAAGUUUAAAUAUUUGUACUUGAAAUGGCUGCUUUUUUUCUUUCCUUGUGCCUUAUUGCACAUUAGCAGUAUGAGUGGGUAUUGUGUUUGAGUGCAUGUAAGCUUGUAAUUAUUAUUAAUUGUACAUUUUAAGUUACUAAGAGUGUAAAUAUUUUAUCACAUACAGACAUUAUGCUUGAAAUGCAAGUAUGCUGUGGUAGUCAUGUAAUUUUGGGGAUUUCUCUCAAGGAAUUGUGAAGUAGGCAACAUUGUUACCACAUGUUCAGAUGGAUGAAUAAAUGAAAUUGUGAAAUAUUAA